AUGCAAGGGUUUCUGUCGCGACUUUGUGCACGAAGAUAUGCAGCGGACAAGACCAUUCUUGACCGCAUGAACGCGACAUUAUUGUUGUGCAAGGUGCGCUUGGCAGCUCCUGUUGUAUCUGUCUCAGACUGCCAACAACACUUGAAACUCCCAGCCGACAGCUCGCUUGUGCGCCAAAUGCAAUUGGUUUUGUGUCGCUGGGGGGCGAGAACAGUGCAACAGUGCAGCUACACAAGUCGAAGACCAUAUCGAGGCCUACAUAUUGGGGCAUGGGUGCAGUCAGUUCAUCGUUACCAAUCGGCGAAUACUGCCUGCUGCAGUAACACAUCCUCGCGCUGUACAGACAUGCAAGCCAAUUUUCGAGCCAACGAUAGUGCGCAGGCUUCCAAAGCAACGUGCCACUCCUCCUCCUCUUCUUCUUCUUCAACAAUGACCCGUCACAUGCUCCCCACACGGCACAUGCUGAGGAUACGAAACGUGUCCAUCCCGUCUCCCCUACUGGCAAAUGUCAACUGUGUACAAGACGACUUUGUUAGACCUGCGAACAUCACCGACUUCCUCUGUGGCUGUAUUACACCAUUCAAUAUAUCAAGUCUUAUUCUGGUGCAGAAUCUACAAACGCCUACUCAUGCUGCGAUUCAAGGGCCACGACAAGACGCAGGAACCGGUCUUAAUUGA